AGUUGCAAUGUUUGAUGAUUCGUCACGAAGAACUCUGUGUAAUCGUCGAUCAAUUAAACACCAGAUUCAGUUAUCUUUUAAUGAGUAUUUAUGUUGCCAUCAUUUUCACCACAAGUUUUAUUUACUAUUCAUUCUUAUAUCUCGAUGUAAACGAUACAUUUCGUUUCGCAUUGCUGGCAGCACUCGUCUUAUUCGUUUUCGUCUCUAUCAUUACUUCCUUAUUAUUCUGCACCUUUGCAUUCAAUAUGCGAAAUGCCUUUCAGGAUAUCCGACAAUUUGCUAUCUGCAAUUUCUGUAUGGAAGAAAAAUUGAAAAUUCUAAAUUUUAUGAAAAGAUUUGGGAAAGUUUCUUUGUGUCUGACUAUUGGAGGAAUUUAUCCUGUGACAAAGCGAAUUCCUUUCAAAGUUGCAAGUAAUUUGAAUUCAUUUUUUUCGGCAUUUAUGAAACUUAGAGGUAUCUCGAAGCAAGAAAGUAAAUGUUCUAACGUAACAAAAUGGCACUAAUCUGGUAAAAGCUUGCAUUCUGUAAAUUUAAUGUCCAAUAAAACUCUGUCUGUAUGAGAGAAAAAUUAAGGUGAAAGCUUAGAAAUUACAUCGACAUUCUAAA